CAAGUACUUUUGCCCAGCCACCGCAAGACUUGUUUCUGACACCGUCACAACUCGAGUCAAGUACAACCUCUGACCACGAUGGUGGACCCUCUGGUCAUCGUGGUUGCUGCCGCUCUCGUCAUCACGGAUGCACAAGCCCUUCCCAGCUACAUCGAGGACAGAUUCCCUCAGUCAACAAUGCUGGCGAUGAGGUCGCCCAGUGGGGUAGGUGCGAGCAGAGAGAUUGAAGCAGGACUUCAUUCGAUCAGUCCCGUAGAGGGUCACAUAGCUGCUAGCAAAGGCUUACGGCGCACCGACAAGUUCAAAGAUCUGCACUAUCUCAAGCAAGAGAGCAAACAGGGACGCACCGUCGCAAGUCUGAGAGAAGGAGCAAGAGGCGCAGAGGUGUCUGGCGAAGAGCAGUCGCGCGACCCAUUGGGCAUCGCUCGACCUCUUCGCCAAGAGAGUGAUGAGUACGAUUGGGAAGGAGUCGAACCACAGCUCAAAUCGCUGGCAGUCGCUAGCCCGCGGCUGAAGGUUGGCUCAAGGAAGAGCUCCGUAGCCGUACCAACUUCCUUCAACGAGAGUGAGAAUGAGAAUAGCAAGUCGCUCGUACGCGGGCUCAGCGACUUGUCGCGAAAGGCCCCAAAACGCGCCUCAAGCGGGCAAGGGCCUUCGGCACACUCGUCUUCGUGAAGUCUGUAUCUCGG